GACGUGAGUCGAGUCAGUCGACGGCUCCACGACGAGUCCCAAGUGUCUCCAGUGAAAAAAAAAAAGAAGUCUAAAAAAAAAAAUAAAAAAAGAUAAGAAAAACAGUCAAAAAUCGACGAAUUAAAAAUUCUAAGAGACGAGUAAAUUGGAUUGGCAGUAGAAUCUUGUUUACACGAGGGGCUAGAGUCGCUCGUGGAGGAUUUAGAUCGGUCUCUGGGUGUUAUUCAUAUUUUGUGGUGAUUUAUUUUUUUUUUUUUUUUGACACACCCCCCAUUUGUUUUUAAUAAAAAAAUAUCUCAACAAUGAGCUGGCAGGAUUACGUUGACAAGCAGCUGCUCGCAUCGAAAUGCGUUACAAAGGCGGCGAUUGCCGGCCACGACGGCAAUCUCUGGGCUAAAUCCGAUGGCUUUGAAGUGAGCAAAGAUGAAUUAGCUAAGCUACUUCAGGGAUUCGACUCCCAGGAGCUCCUGACGUCGUCAGGUGUGACAUUAGCUGGCAUCAAGUAUAUCUACCUGUCGGGUACAGACCGUGUGAUAAGAGCCAAAUCGGCAAAAGUCGGGGUACACUGCAUGAAGACGACGCAGACUAUUGUAGUAUCACUAUACGAGGAUCCAAUUCAACCACAGCAAGCCGCAUCGGUCGUCGAGAAGUUGGGUGAUUACCUCCUCACCUGCGGCUAUUAGUAACCUCUGGGACCCAAUUUACAAAUACCUAAUAAUAAUUAAUAAUACAGUCGAUUAUUUUAAACAAAAUACUAAAAAAAAACACAGCGAAUCAACAAAGCAACAAACCAUAAGAAAUCCGAAAACAAAAUGAAUGGUGAAAACUGGAAUUUAAUCUUGCAUUCGUCAUCUCAAAAAAAUCAUAAAUAAUCAUAAACAAUAAGCGGAAAUGCCGCAACUCCGUCGCCGUUAGACUCGACGAUAAUCGUGAGAGUGAAUUUUUUCACAUUCAAAGAGAGUGCAUGUGUGAGAUAGAAUAUUGAGAGAAUCAUCGUCAUCUGUAUUUCUACGUCACACCAUCAGAAUUAGUCACUUCUGUCCCCCUUUUUUUUUUCCCCUUUCUAUUCCUAAAAAUGUUUUUUUGGCAUCAACAUCUCGAAUCCCCACAGCCAUUUGGCAGCUGGAGGAAUUCGAGAAUCGACUGAAAGAGGCCAGAACGUAUUUUUGAGAUAAUUAAAAUUGCUAAAGACUUUUUCAACUCAAAUCAGAAUCACAAAAUCGAGAAAUUCAGAUAAAUCUCUCUAUUUCUUCAUUAUCUCACGACCUAGUGGACUCAGAGAAAAAAAUCAUAAGAACUCAUAACUGGUGAAUGACAUUUCCCAGGAAAAGUUUUCAACGAUUUUUUUUCCAAACUCCACUCAUUACCGAGAUAACGCUCAACUCAGAACAACAAUUUGAAAAUCUCGAAAAAAAAUCACUGGAUGACUGAAUAUUUCUCGAACAAAAUGAAAAGAGGAAAGAAAAUGAGCUAAUGUUUAUUUAAAAGUUCUCCCUAGACCCGAGGGACAGAAAUCUCAGUAAAAUCAACUCAUUAUCCAUAUUCAAAUGACGUAAGUCACAUAGUUUAAUAACUAUUUCAUAAAAAAUCAUUGUAACGGCCUUUCAUUUGUCUUUUUAAUAAACCGAUUAAAAAAUGAUUAAAUAAAUAAAUAAAUACAUGUGAGAACGAGUGAAGAGUCUCAUCGAAUAGAGAACAUUUUUUUUUUCUCUCGUCCUCAGUUAAUAUUUCCGUUGUGCGAGAGUGAGAUACGAAUUCUGAGACGAGGAUGUGGGUUUUCUACAUUGAUAACGAUAAAGAGAGGGCAGGGGAGGAAACUGACGAAUUGAUAAGGGCGACGGUAGGUAAAGGCAUGACAGUUCACCAUAAAAUUCGAUAAUUCUCAUUUAUCGAAAUGACAGAACGACAAGCGAAAUCAAAAAAUCCCUCAAAAGAAAAAAUCGGUUUCCAAAAUUCGAUAUAUCUCGAGUUCUACCGAUCGGAGAUCGAUGAUUCAAACUCCAUCGGAUCCGCGGAAAAAUUCCCCAUCCAAAGACCUAUUUUUCAGCCCAUUUUGCCCCGCUGGUUUUUAGUGAAAUGCGAAAAAACAGAGGGAAAAGGUUUUCAAGCCUUUGCCAUCGGUUUUUUAAUUAUUUGCGGGGCAAAAUCGGUUGACAGCAAGUGUUUUUUUAUGGAGAAUUUUCCAGGGAAUUUAAUGAGAGUCGGAUAAUUAGUUUCGGUGUUGCGACUCUCGAGAUAUUGAAGAUCUGAGUCGAGGGCAUUUCAGAGAAUUUCGUUAUCAUUUUGGCAUUCACGGUGUGAUAGAGUUAUCGAUUUUUAAAAUGAAAAUAUGGAACAAAUUAAUUGACGUCCCAUGACCGAUUGGCUGUACCUCUCGUUCUUCAUAAUUGAAAUAAAAUCGAGGAGUUAUUGAAUGGGAGGAAUUGAGAAAAUGCGUUGUCCCUUUUUCUAGCUAUUUACUGUCUCCAAUAUUUGCUAAUUGUAAUGAGAUUUGAAAAAAAAAAAGGAGCGAUCUGUCAUAACUGCUGAGAUUUUUAUUGGAAAUAAACUAAUUGAUAAGAGAUUAGUGGAAUGGAGUUAUAGUUUUGGGCGCGAUUUAUUCGUUUAUCUUUUUAAUAUUGAGGUGAUGCAUUUGAGGUGUUGAGGUAACGAAAUAAACUAAUUAAUAUUUCCGAUUAUUGAUAAUUGACGUCUUUUUUUACUGAGGGGAAAGUGUAUCAUAAGGAGUGGAAGCGUUUGUAUUCAUUUGCGUUGUAAUUUUUUUUUGAGGAAUAGUGAAAAGUUAUUUGAAUUUCUGGGAAAUAUUCGGUGGAUAAUUGUUUAAACAAUUACUGAAUGUUUGGAUAUUCCUUUCGGGUGGAAGGGUGACGGAAUAAUUAUAUCUCGGGGUAUAAACAAUUUUUUUUUUAGGGAAAUCCCUUUUUUUGAUGCAAAACUAAUGGAAAAGGGAAAUUGAGGGAAAAAUUCAUUUCUCCUCUCGAAUAAUUGAUCAAAAAUCGUUUAAAAUAUGGAAAUGAAUUGUUUUACUUGUGUUUAAGCCCUGGAGACUAGAUCGUAUUAAUUACCGAUUUUUUCUUUGGAGUAAUUAAUUCAUUUAAUUUUUUUCUUGAAAAUUGAAAAAUUGGUUUUGAAAUAAAUAGCUUCAACAAUAAUUUUUUUCUCGUCAAAUCGUCAUUAGUGGAGUUGAAUGAGUCCAGGACACAGACUGAUGGCAAAGUGUGUCAAAUCGACACAAUUUUCUUUUUUCUCUUCAUUUUAUUUCGAAUCGACUUGUUUGCCUUUUAGGGAUUUUUCCCGUUGCCUUGAAAUGGCAGAGUGCAAAAAAACACCUCCAGAGACCCGUUCACUCCGCUUUUGACGUGAUAAAUAAAACCGCAAUGCCUAGUCGCGAUAAUUUUUUUUAAACUCUCCAUUUGGAUUUAAUCGGUAAGACCACUAGUUGCACCUCAUUUCUACGAUCGAGUUAUUCUCCUAGGUUUUUUCAUAUAAACGGGGCAAAACGGGCGGGCGAUUUCCAGCUCAUCGAAUAGACGGGAAAAUUUCCCAUCCAAAACACUCAUUAUCAAUCCAUUUUGCCCCGAUAUUGAUGGAGAUAUGAGAAAAAAUCGAUUGAACGUUCGAUUUUCGAGUAUCUCAGAAGUCUCUCAAUAAAGUCUCGAUAUCUCAAAAACUUACGGAGCAAAAUGGAACUGUGAGUAGUGAAUUGAAUUGCAAAUUUUCCCAGGAAUUCAAUGAACGAAAAUUCAUUACUCUACGACAAUUUCUCGUCGAGAUAUUCGCGUUUUUGUGGACCGAGAUUUUUCACUGUUUUUUUAUCCGAGUGAAUUUCGUUCUCCCGUUUUAUUUGCAGCUUCAUAAUAUUUAAUUAAUCACUAAUUGCGUAUCUGUGUACGUCAGGGACUCAUCGAUAUCACUAAUGAACUUAUAAAUACACCAAUGCAUAUAACUAACCCACAGCUACAAGAGAAAAGUGAAAAGAAUGAUGAAUGAAGAGUAAUGAUUAUUGUAUUUCUGUACUGCUAAUUGCUACUUACUACUUACCCCCUCUUCGCUAAAAACUGCUAAUCCUCGCUAGUAACUAUUUAUAACUUAAAUAAUUAAAACCACUAAUGAAUGCAAAAUGUUUUUCGGUGGCUGCUUGUCAAUGGAAUAUUUUUCAAUGUGCCAAGCGCCCAUGACGAAUGGAUCUGAUCGAUAUGUUUUUGAUUAAAUUUAAUGAGGGAUACAGAACAAACUACCUAAACUAUGUAACAAUUUUUAUUGAUAAAAGGAAGGAAAUAAAAUUGAAAUAAUAAUUGUAAA